AUGGAUACACUCCCUGGUUCAGCACUCCCACGCCACACUCCCGCUCUAAUGGUCUCCACCCAAACAGCCGUAACGCUCGAACCAGUUCCAGCUUUCUGUGUAAAAUCGAAAGCCUUACAAGAUACAUCCAUUCGGAUAACAGCAUCCUCAGCUUCACCCGGAUUAAAGGUCUUCGUAAAUGUUGCUUGGGAUGCGAACAUCCCGCCUCCCCCAGAGGGAAGCGAAGAGGAAAUAUCCAAGGCGAUGCAAGGCCAAGACGUGGACGAAUUGAGUCCAAACGCCUGGUAUGUUCCAUUGUCCGUGUCUGACGCGCGGCAGGACAGAGACAAAGCCGGUCAGCCAUCUCUCGUCUUUGAUUGCGUCUUCAAUCCUACCAUCAAAUCACGCACCCUCAAAGACCCGGAAUUCAAGACUUUUAUCAUAGAACUUUCAUUCCAGCGUAUAGAAGCACAGGCAUCUAUUGUCCUAUCCCGUCAGAUCAGCACUCCCAACAUAGCUUCGAAGGGAAAGCCUCAAAGACGUACUAUCCAUAUCUCCCCAACUCUAUACCCUCCAGGACAUGCCAAUCACCGCAGUGCGCCGGUGCUCAUUGAAGAAGUCGCUCCUGGGCAAGAAGCUGUUCCCAAGAUCAAGAACAAGAGCGCCAAGGCACCCAAAGGUAUUUUGAAGGAGACAUCUCCGGGAUCAUCGGCGCCUCUAAUCCGUACACCAUCGUGGGCUUGGAAUAAAAAUGAGACUAAAAUUUGUGUUAUCGUCACAGUACCGGGAUUGACACACGCACAUAUCCACUCUUCCACCCUUGACCUGGAACCUCGGCGCAUCAUUUUACACAUCCCUGCGCUAUACGAAUUGGAUAUCAACCUUGAUACUGCAGAUGCCGAACUCACUGCCAUAUUUUCCAAGUGCGGUUCAUCCGACAGUGCCCUGACUCUUAAGCGGAUGCGUGAUUUGGAUGUCGAUGGUGCAAACGCCGAAUGGAGAGUAGCUGAGGAGACGAUCGUGAUCUAUGCCUGACAGUUCAUCUCAAUUUGGCAGUUGCGUAUCGGAGUGCGUGUAACCUUGAACAGCGCAAAUGAUAAUUUGUUGGCCAUUGAAGUAUGGAGGCUGUAUUGCUUACAAACAUCGGAAGUGAUAGUACAAUGCUAUUUUCGAGGUAGCAAGCGCU